ACUAAAUUCGAAACAACGAUUUUAGUUGUAGUUUAACCUUUCUAAGUAUUAACACGUAAAAGUCGAAGACAGUUGAAAAUAUUGAAUAAUACGAAUAAAAUGGAUUGUGGAGGUGUUUUUGUGAAAUAUGUUCUUUUUAUAUUCAACAUACUAUUUGUGGUAUGUGGUAUACUCCUUAUAGUAUUUGGAUCUUUAAUGGUCGCCAAUAUUGGCAGUAUAUCAAAUUUACCACAAAGUAUUGAAGCAAAUAGUGUACCAAUUGCUAUCUUGGUCCUCGGAUGUGUAAUUUUUGUAAUCGCAUUUUUGGGAUGUUGCGGUGCCAUAAGAGAAAACUCAUGCUGUACGAUGACCUAUUCAGUCAUAAUGUUGGUCAUGUUCAUGUGCCAAUUGGCUUUGAUUAUUUAUGUCUGGGUGCAGCGAGAUCAAUUUUUAAAAUCGAUGGACAAAGUGGUUGCAACGAUAUGGGAACAACGACAUAUCGACCAAAAGGUCUUGGAUACUAUGCAAUUGACUUUCAAUUGCUGUGGCAAAAAUGCUUUCACCGAUUACUCUCUAGCUGGUGAAGAAAUUCCUCUAUCAUGCUGUGGCAUUAAUGCUACAAGUUGCAAUGUUGUCAAUGCAAUGACCCGUCCCGGUUGUUCUCGUGCUUUUGGCAAGUUCUGGGAAAAGAAUAUCGAUAUAAUCCGUUAUGCCGGUUUGGGAGUAGCUGGUGUUGAGUUGGUGGCUUUCAUAUUCGCUUGCUGCCUGGCCAAUCAAGUGCGUAAUAGUCAGCGCAGAGCCAAUUAUUAAUAGAAUUAAUUAAUUUUUAAAGUAAUUUUAAUUUGGAUUUCACUAUUGUAUAAAAACGAAAUAAUAAAAUUAUUAAAUAUUACCAUACUGGUGACAACAGUGUAUCACAAA